AGGGGGCGCUCUAAAACCUUAAAAUCCACCGCGCAUUGCGCGUCCGGCUGCAGUGAGAGGCAGCUGGAGGCGCACGGCGUACCGGAGUUUCUUCUGCUGGCUGCUCUGCCGCGUGCAUACAUGCAUGCAUACAUGCAUACGUGAGUGCAUGAAAAAAAAAAUCCGACAACUUAAAAAAAAAAGACUGCAUGCUGUCAGUCUGGAUGAAGCCACAGCAGAAGAAGACCACGGUGGUGAUCAGAAGCGAUGACCUGCAGGCUUUGACACACUCUGCUGCGUUUAUAAAAGUGCUCACUUGUCUGGACACAGGUUCGGAAAAGUGCGCCCCGCCGAGCUCCGAGUCCCGGCGAUUGGACCCUUCCUCCGCCGAGCCCUGCCCGCUUCAGGAGCCCCGUCCCGGCAGGAGCCACGCCACCUCUCAAGCCCGGACACCCAGCACCAUUCAGCGCGAAGCUCUCACACCAGAUCUAUGGCAUUGUGACAAUGAACAAGCGCGCUCAGUUAUUGGAACAGCUGCAGUUUGUCCAGUUGAAAUGCACACCUCGAGACAUGCCCUGCGUGCAGGCUCAGUAUGGGCCCGCCCCCCCAGGCUCCGCCUAUUCCGGCCAGUCUUUUGGUUACCAGGGGGACAGCUACAGCUCUGACCUCAUGACCUCCGACUACACCAAGCUGGACCUGGGUGGGGGCGAGAUCUCUGCCGCGGCUGCCACCACCUCCCUGCCCAGCUUCAACGUCUUUGUGGAGGGAGGAUACGAGCCCAAGUCAUCCUGCCUCUACCAGAUGCCCUCGCACAGGCCCGCCAUCAAAAAGGAGGAGGACAGCUACCCUACUGCGCCCCAACUGGAGGCGCUAUCCUCCUCCGCCAUGUACUUUAAGCAGUCUCCCCCUUCUACUCCUACCACUCCCUCCUUGCCACCACAGCCUGGCACCUCCUUCCUGUGGGAGGAGCACUCCCUUGCCCCUCCAUCGCAUCCCCACUCCAUGGGCUCCAACCUGGACACAAGCUCCCUCAAAUCCCCCCGCUUUCCACACUUCUACCAACACUCGCCACCCCACAGCGGGGGCAGCACAGGAGGCUACGAGGGUCUCUCAGGGGGCCUGGUGCGCACUUCUUCCUCCUCUUCCUCCUCGUCAUCUUCAGUCUCCCAUGCUCAUGGCCCGCCCCUGGAUCAGCAGCCCAUGUACCAACUGCACCGCGGGGCCGGUGGCACCAGCCUCGCAUUCCGCUCCCUUGCUCUCGGCCCCUGUGGGCCCUUACUUGGGGACAGCCUGCCCUCGCCUCCACCCCGUGGGCCUCAAGGAGAGGGCACCUGUGCGGUGUGUGGGGACAACGCCGCCUGCCAGCACUACGGUGUACGCACAUGUGAAGGCUGCAAAGGCUUCUUCAAGCGCACCGUGCAGAAGAACGCCAAGUAUGUGUGCCUGGCCAGUAAGAACUGUCCUGUGGACAAGAGGAGACGCAACCGCUGCCAGUACUGCCGCUUCCAGAAGUGUCUGAGUGUGGGCAUGGUCAAGGAAGUGGUGCGCACCGAUAGCUUGAAGGGGCGUCGUGGCCGUUUGCCCUCCAAACCAAAGAGCCCCCUGCAGACAGAGGCGGCGCCUCCCUCACCGCCCCUCAGCCUGGUCUCCGCUCUGCUCAGGGCUUAUUCCCACUGCACGCCCCAUGACCUUGACUACAGCCAGUUCAGUGCUGCUGACCCCCCCUCUUCCUCCUCGGAUGCAGAGCACAUCCACCUUUUCUACCGGCUCCUAACCAUUUCGAUGGAGACCACGCGGUGCUGGGCCGACCGGCUGCCGGGGUUUUCCGAGCUCCUGCGGGAUGAUCAGAACCUGCUCAUAGAUUCCGCCUUCCUGGAGCUGUUUGUCUUGCGAUUGGCUCAUAGGUCGAUGCUGUCGGAGGAUAAACUCGUGUUCUGUAACGGUUUGGUGCUGCACAGGUUCCAGUGCCUUCGUGGGUUUGGAGAGUGGCUGGACUCCAUUCGAGACUUUUCCAACCAUCUCCAGAGCCUAAACCUGGACGCCUCUGCCUUCGCCUGCCUGGCCGCGCUAGUCCUGCUUACAGAGCAAGUCCCUGGCCUGAAGGAUUCCAAGCGGGUGGAGGAGCUUCAGAAUAAAGUGAUUUGUUGUCUCAGAGACCACCUGGGCUGCGGCCCCUCCCCAUCGUCAUCGUCGUCCAAGUCGGUGCCCGCUCUGAGUCGUAUUCUGGGUUUAAGGGCAGAGCUGCGCUCCCAGAGGACUCAGGGCCUUCAGCGGAUCUUCUACCUGAAGCUGGAGGACCUGGUGCCACCUCCGCCUUUGAUUGACAGGUUCCUGGACACUCUGCCUUACUGAUGGCUGAAGGAUGGAGAGGAACGUUAAAAAAAACACACACACACAAUGAUAAACUCACUUUGCUAUGUGAUGCCAACAGGACAACCACCUGAAAAGACACAAAAAAAUGCUUUGCCACUUCUGAUUUCCACAUGUGGGGGAGGAUGGAAGGACUUUUUGCUGUCUGGGGGUCCUGUUUCCAUGUAUACUGGCCUGCUUAUCCAGUGGCAUGAUAGGAGCUCCGCAUUGCACACAUGUGAGCGUCCACGUGUGAAAACAAUAUUUCAAUAACACAGAAAGCGCGUUGUUUGAUUCCAAGUGCAAUUUUUGACUGCUUUCUCAUCCCGUAAAGGACGUGACGCGUAAGGAAUGGCUUCAUUUCAAACUCUAAAUUAUUUGAAGACGUGUCCCAUAUUGUCAGUCUCGCGAAAAAGAAAGAUGGCGUCAGAGGAGAAACUCGUGCACUAACGAUUGAUGACUGCUCACUCAGACUUGAAUGGCUUGUUUUCUUUUGGUGUUUUUUAUGACGCAUAUUGAAAUGAUAGGAGACAGAAAUGGGCUUGUGAAGCACUUACACCCUGCAAAGGGCUACAGGCACCGACACACACCCGGAGAGCAGGGUGCUCGACAAGAUAGACCCACGGGCCAAACAUUCCGCAGUCUUUUUCUAUUUGUGGCGGCGUGAGUGUGUGCAGGACGGUGUUUGGAUGCUGUCUUUGCCUGUGUGUGUGUGUGUGCGUGUGUGUGUGUGUGUGUGCGUGCGUGUGUGUGCGUGUGUGCGUAUGAACGCUUAGAGAAGCCAGCAUCUUCUGCAUGGUGUGUUUUAAAGCUGUCGAAAACCGGCUUGCCUCAUGUGUCAACCACCCCCGCUCCCUCAAAAAAAAAAUUUAAAAAACCCUCACACACUCACGGCAGCGGUGAUAUUUUAAAAAAAAAAGAAAAAGAAGGAAAAAAAGCAAAUUCUAUAGAUAUAUAAAUAUAUAAAUAUACAAAAACUAAUAUUUUGAAGUGUUUUUAGCUUUUUUCAAAUAUUGUGGUACGACUUGUGCAUUGUUUUCAAAAAGAAGCUAAACAAAAAAAAGAGAGAAAAAGUUGCUGGUUUUUUUUUAAAUGUCCCUCUUUGGUUUGAGUUUCCUGUUCAAUUUUUUUCUUUCUCUUUGGUUCACUGGAUUUUCUGUUCAGCACUUUGAAAUCAUAAACUAGUUCUGAUUAUUCUGGCUCCUGUGUUGUUUUUAUGUUCUUACUUGGCAUUUUAUGCACUUACAAACAAUGACAUAUGUAUCGCCUAAGCCUUCUUUUCACACAGGGAUCCUGCAAAAUUGCAGCACCAGCGGUUGAGGCAAAGUAAGCUGUUGACGAGACUGUGUAGAAGUGGCUGUUAAAAGUCCCCUAUUAUACAAAAUUCAC